GUAGUAGUAGUUAGUAGUAGUAGUAGUAGUAGUAGUAGUAGUAGUAGUAGUAGUAGUAGUAGUAGUAGUAGUAGUAGUAGUAGUAGUAGUAGUAGUAGUAGUAGUAGUAGUAGUAGUAGUAGUAGUAGUAGUAGUAGUAGUAGUAGUAGUAGUAGUAGUAGUAGUAGUAGUAGUAGUAGUAGUAGUAGUAGUAGUAGUAGUAGUAGUAGUAGUAGUAGUAGUAGUAGUCAUAGUAGUAGUAGUAGUAGUAGUAGUAGUAGUAGUAGUAGUAGUAGUAGUAGUAGUAGUGGUAGUAGUAGUAGUAGUAGUAGUAGUAGUAGUAGUAGUAGUAGUAGUAGUAGUAGUAGUAGUAGUAGUAGUAGUAGUAGUAGUAGUAGUAGUAGUAGUAGUAGUAGUAGUAGUAGUAGUAGUAGUAGUAGUAGUAGUAGUAGUAGUAGUAGUAGUAGUAGUAGUAGUAGUAGUAGUAGUAGUAGUAGU